GGGACAUGCAAUGUUUUCUUCCGGGACGGUCCUGUCAGCUGUGACACAUCAUGGCUUCUCUUGAUAGAGUAAAGGUGUUAGUUUUAGGCGAUUCCGGUGUAGGGAAAUCCUCCUUAGUACAUCUUUUGUGCCAGAACCAGGUUUUAGGAAAUCCGUCAUGGACUGUUGGAUGCUCGGUAGAUGUACGGGUCCAGGACUAUAAAGAGGGAACUCCGGAGGAGAAGACAUACUACAUUGAACUAUGGGAUGUUGGGGGCUCGGUCGGCAGUGCCAGUAGUAUCAAAAGCACCAGAGCGGUCUUUUACAAUUCCGUCAACGGAAUUAUUUUGGUGCACGAUCUGACAAAUAGGAAAUCCUCUCAGAAUCUUUAUCGCUGGUCACUGGAAGCUUUAAACAAAGAUUCAUCUCCAACGGGGGUCAUUGUCUCGAAUGGUGACUAUGACCGUGAGCAGUUUGCGGAGAACCCGGUGCCGUUGCUGCUCAUCGGCACCAAGUUUGACCAGAUUCCCGAGAGCAAACGCGGUGAAGUUCUCACAAGGACGGCCUUCUUGUCUGAAGACUUCAACGCGGAAGAGAUUAAUCUAGACUGCACCAAUUUGAGAUACUUGGCUGCAGGCACGUCCAAUGCGGUGAAGCUUAGCAGAUUCUUUGACAAGGUGAUUGAGAAAAGAUACUUCACAAGAGAUCCAAGUCAGAUGACGGGCUUCACGGACCGAAAGCGCUUCAACUUCAAGAGUUUGCACUACGACUGACCACAUAGUCUGCAGUCUGAUUUUCACAACCACCGACUUUCUGCACAACACUCUUACAAUCCCUCUCACCACACUUGUAAUUUACAUACUUUCACUGUAACCAAUCAUCUUUUAAAUAAAUCCUGUGUAAACCAAUCAAA